AUGCUGAUUGUAGGAAUUGUCCUAUUUCUUUCUAUUGCUCAGGCACUUGAAAUAGAGACUCCAAUAAACGACAAAAAUGCUUAUGACUAUAUAGAGCUUGACAACGGCCUCAAAUGCCUAGUUGUCUCCUGCUUAGACUGCCCACAAGCUGCAGCUUCUUUAUCCAUUAAUGUUGGCUCAAACCAAGACACAAUACCAGGUCUAGCCCAUUUCGUAGAGCAUAUGCUAUUUUUCAGCUCAAAAAGCUACCCAGAAGAAGACUAUUUAAGAUCCUUCCUAAACAACCAUUCAGGCUACACAAAUGCUUACACCGAUAAGCAAGAAACCAAUUUCUUUUUCACAGUUAGCAAUGAUGCUCUUGAAGAGUCCUUGAAAAUAUUCUCAAAAGCCUUUAUUGAGCCUGUUUUCCUUGAAAGCGCUGUCAAUCGGGAAGUAAAAGCAGUUUAAGAUUUAAGAUUUAAGAUUACGAUAACACUUUGUCGACCCCACUUAGCUUAGGAUCUAACAAUACAAGCCCAUCCCUCCUGAAUUCCAUCACUGGCUAACAGCUCUGAACAACGGUAGGUGGAAUCGGCCUAACCGUCGAACCGUUACAGUAGCCUAUGACCUAGACGAGUCUCUCUUCACUUCUUGAAGUUGAUUCAAGUUCACAUGGAACUGCCGAAGCAGUUCCUGCGCCAAUAUCCUUCAGAAAGUCUGAACUUCCCUCACUAGGAUGACCUUAGGGAGCAAGGUCCCUAAUUCAUGCGCUCCAUUUUUAAUUGUGAAAGUAGUUAAUUCUGAGCAUGAUAAAAAUAGAUUUAGUGAUGCCUGAAGAAUGUAUAGGCUAAUAGAGACCUUAGCAGGGGAAAAGCACCCUAUAAGCCAUUUUGCGACGGGAAAUACACAAACUUUGAAUGUUGAAGGCUUGGUGGGGAUAGUUCAAAAAUUUUAUGAAGAUUACUAUACUGCUGGGAAUAUGAAAUUAGUUAUAUAUGGGCAAUAUCCUAUAGAAACCUUAUUGAAAUAUGCAGUUGACUAUUACUCUGAUAUUCCUAUAGGCCAGUCUGAAUUUAUAUAUGACCCUCCUUUUCUGAAUUCAGGAAAAAUAAUUUUGGCACCUAAAAUCAAUAAUGGGUCAAGCUUGAUUUUAUUCUGGGCAGUCCCAUCAGAAUUUCGCUUUUUUCGGUCUCAGCCAAGCCACUUUUUAUCGUAUUUAUUGAACUAUUCAGGGAAAAAUAGUAUCAGCGCCUCACUGCCAGACUUAAUUGGUCAUAUGGAAUCUUAUAUUUCAAUGACUUAUCCAGAUUUUUCAUUAAUUCAAAUAGAAAUAACAUUAACUGACAAAGGCUUUGAAAAAUGAAAAUACGUGGCUGAAUCUGUUUUAGCCUAUAUUGAAGACUUAAAGCAAUUAUCUUCAGAAGAGCUUGAAUUGUUAUGAAAUGACUAUAGCGCAAUUGCCAGAGUUAACUAUAAUUAUUUUAAGUUUUCUACCCCUGGAGAGCUUGUUUCUGUAAUAUCAAGUAAUAUGCAAAACUUUCCUGAAAGACAUUAUAUUGCAGGAUUUGAAAUAAAGCGAGCUUUUAAUAGUGAAAUUUUUACCCCUUUACAUGAAAAAAAAGUAUUUUUCACUUUUAAAGGGGGGCUAAUCUUUUUUGUGAAAAAAUUAUAUCAAAUGUUUUAUUUAAUAUUUAUCGAUUUAAAGCAUCGGAAUCGAAAUUUUAUCAUUUUGUUCUAAUAUAAAGAGGAGCUAGUGAUAUUUUGAGUAUGAUUACUUCUGAAAAAAUGUUCGCUGUUUUUAUGUCAGAUGCAUUUGACAAAGGAGCUAAUUUUGAUGGAUCUAUAUUAGAAUUUACCAGCUAUGAUCCUUAUUACAACUUUUAUUACGAUAUCUUGAAAUUUAAUCUUAUUCCUAAUGGAAACCACUUCGCGAUUAUCAGUAUAAAUGAAUUUAUACCAUCAGAUUUAUAUGUAUUAGACUGUGAUUCCUGCAAAACUGAAGUAAUUGAGCUUAGCUCAAGCACUCAAUUAAAUGUGUGGUAUAAAUUUGACCAAUAUUUUGAGCAGCCGAAAGUUAUUAUUAGUGUUAUGAUUUUUACAGAUUCUAAUUCAAUGCUAAGUGAUAUUCACGCUGAUCUAGUUUCUAGAAUAAUCCAAGAAGAGCUUUCUAUGUUUAUCACCUCAGGGUUCUAUGCUGACAUAAAAUCUGAAUAUUCUGGGAUUUCUAUUACAUUAACUGGAUGGAGAGAUAAAAUGGACCUAUUUUUAGAAGAAAUAAUGAAAACAAAUAAAAAUCCAAGUCUCAAUAAAUUAAGCUCUGUGCUAGAAUCUUUAAACGAAAAAUAUGUGUCUGCGAUUAAUUCUCAGCCAUAUCAAAUUGCUUAUGAAAAAUUAGGAAAUAUUAUUCUUGAAGACUAUUAUACAAAUUCUGAAAGACUCAGCUUACUUAAUGCGUUUAGCCAAAAAGACUAUACAGAAUUUCUUACUUCCCCCCCAUCCUUGAUCGAACGACUCGCCAUCGUUCGAUCAAGGAUGGGGGUUAAAAAAAAUUUUAUAUAUAAAAUAUAAAAAUAUAUAUAUAUAUUUUUUUUUUUUUACUUUUAAAUAAGAGGGUUAAGGGUAUUUAAUAAUUAUUUUUAGAGCAAAAAAUUUAAUUAAUUUCAUAAAAAUACCAAUUUUUAAUAUUUUUGAUUUAUUAGUUACCCCUUUAAACUGUAUAAAUUUUAAUUUGUUCCUUAUUAAAUUAAUUCUUUUUUUUUAAAUUUUAAAGAUCUCUAUUUUAUUAGAUUAUUAAUUUUUUAAGCCUAGAUAGACGACUAAAUAACUUCGGAUAGUUGAUUUCGAAGCUUUCUGUCGUCUCAAAGUCCCUGAAAACAACUUCAUUGGGUGCAUCUUCCCAAGCUUCUGAUAACUAAUAUAUUUGUAUAUAUAUAAAAGUUGCAUGAUAUGAAAAUCGUUCGAUCAAAGGAUGGGGGUUAAUUUCCCCAAAUUUUUAGGAAUUUUUGCAGUCAAUCGUUCGAUCAAGGAUGGGGGGGGGGAGUUAAGAUUUUUGAAAAAACAAAUAUCGAUUUUUUUGUUUAUGGGAAUGCUUUGCAAAGUAACGUAGAUAUAUACAAAAAAAUUAUACAAAAAUAUAUAAAAAGUUCAGUAAAAGACAUAAGAAAAUAUCCAAAAGCAAAAUCAAUUUCGAAAGCUGGAAUAUCUACAGAUACAAGCAUCUCAAAUCACUGUAUUUUUAAUUGAUAUGAUUUUGGCUACUUUGAUUUACCCACAACUGCAGCUUUAAGAGUCCUCGUUGCUAAGUCAUCUGAUGAAGCUUUUAAAGUCCUGAGAAGCAAUUACCAGCUUGGCUAUAUUGUUUUUUCUGAUGUAAUUGAAAGAUUUGGGACUAAUUCAAUGUAUUUAAUUGUGCAAGGGUCAUAUAAAAGUCCUCCUGAGAUGAAUGAAAUUAUUGAUCGUUUUUGGGACAAUUUCGAAUUUUUACCUGAUGAUAUGAGCUUAGCAAACAGAGUGGCAGAAAGCUUACUAUGGAAAUAUGAAUCAAUGGAAGCAGAGCAUGGAGACUUAUGACUUGAAAUUUUGACAGGAAGAAGACAGUUUGGGUAUUAUCGAAAUUUGUCUGAGGAAAUCAAGAAAGUUAAGCUAGAAGACGUGGAAAAUUUAUUGAAGAUUAUUAGGAGUGAAAAUGAGGAUUUAAGUGUUCAGAUAUUUAUGAACAAACCUAAUGAAACUGAUAUGUCUCUUACUUUUAAUAAGAAAGAUAAACAUUAG